AUGAACGCCGCCCUCAAGCUCUCCAGCUUCGCCGCCGUGGCCCAGAAGAAGGCCGGCUCCCGCCGCGCCGGCCGGGCCUCGGUCGCCGUCAGGGCGCAGGCGCUGCCGCCCAACAGCUACCAGCAGCUGGGUGGCGCGACGACGCCCAUGGACGGGUUCACCUUCGAGCCCAUCCGCGAGUCUGAGGUCAGCCGCGCUAUGACCAAGCGGUACUUCAACGACCUGAACGAGUUUGCCGAGGCCGACGUCAUCAUCAUGGGCGCCGGUUCCGCCGGUCUGUCGUGCGCUUACGAGCUCUCGAAGAAUGAGAACCUCAAGAUCGCCAUCGUGGAGCAGGGUGUUGCUCCGGGCGGCGGUGCGUGGCUCGGCGGCCAGCUGUUCAGCGCCAUGAUCGUGCGCAAGCCGGCCCACAACUUCCUGGACGAGAUCGGUGUUCAGUACGAGGACGAGGGCCACUACGUGGUCAUCAAGCACGCCUCGCUCUUCACCUCGACCCUGCUGUCCAAGGUGCUGGCGCGCCCGAACGUCAAGCUGUUCAACGCGACGGCCGGCGAGGACCUCGUCGUGAAGCACGACGCCGCGCGCGGCGGGUACUACGUCUCGGGCGUGGUGACCAACUGGACGCUCGUGUCGCUCAACCACGACACACAGAUGUGCAUGGACCCCAACGUCCUGGAGGCCAAGUGCGUCGUGUCCUCGUGCGGCCACGACGGCCCGAUGGGCGCCGCGGGCGUGAAGCGCCUGGCCAAGCUCGGGCUCAUCCCCGACACGCCCGGCAUGGCCGCCCUCGACAUGAACACCGCCGAGGACGAGGUCGUGGCCCGCACGCGCGAGGUCGUCCCGGGCAUGGUCGUGUGCGGCAUGGAGGUCGCCGAGAUCGACGGCGCGCCCCGCAUGGGCCCCACGUUUGGCGCCAUGUUCAUGUCGGGCGUCAAGGCCGCCCACGUGGCGCAGCACGUCGUGGACAAGGUCAACAAGCUCGAGCAGAUGAAGGUCGCCGACACGUUCGAGAAGUCCGCCUAA